GUACGACUAUGAGCGAAUUCGGUUCGUGUUGAGGUUCUUGUGCGAACGGAGUCCUGGCGCUGGCGGAGCUUCCUUAGUUGCACCACCAGACAGUACGUUGAAAGGCGAAAACGCUCAGGCACUAGGUGAAGUGUCGCGUGGAAGCAAUGCAGUGCCAGCACAAGCCACGAGUGUAUGAAAAAAGGCUGUCUUAUAAAUAUCUGUCAAUCAAUGAAUUGUUUAACUUGACUAGGUACAGACAUUCUAGUACUAGUUGUGUAGUUAUUUGAGUAAAAACCAGCGUAUCUUUCUUGUUUCGUUUUGUUCGCUGAAUCAAGUAGCAGUUUUACUAGUAAUCUUUUUAUCUUUUAGAUCAUAACAUGCCACCAUUUUUCAUCGCGGAGUCACCAAAGCAGCAACAAGAUCAACAACGUUGAGGCUACGAGCAAUCUGACGGAGCUACUAGCGCGAGCGACAGCAGGUGGAAGUAGCACUCCUCGUAGUCAGAAAACGCCUGUUGCAGGUGCUGCGUCUAGUGAGCCAACACGCCGCUCCAGCCCCCAUCCCUUCCCGAGACGACCAGAGAGAGCAGACUCAUCCGGUCCCUCGCACUCCACAACGCGUGAGGCCAGUGAGCAUGAGAAACUAUUGGAAGUGCUGCAGCGCUAUCACCGUUACUCCAAGCCGUCAGAAAAGGAGAUCGCGCAAAUCGGUACAUGGCGAAAAAAUGCGGGAUUGCCUCCCGAAGUUGAGGGCGUUUUACUCCAGCUGGCGCAGUCACGCUUGCCGUGGCAUUUUCUGCUAGUAAGGGACCGACGAUGGACAUUUUUGCGGCCGGAGUUGGCCCGCGAGGAAGGGGUAAAGCGAAUUCUGCCGCUUACCUGCCACAUGGCCGGCAUAUCGGAGGACGAGGUGCACACAGAGUUUCUCAAGCACUUGAUCAACAACUCUGUCGGGGCAAGCGGACUGGGGAAGAAAUUGGUACUGCAUUUGCAGGAGAUUCGAGACAAAGCAACCAGUCGUAACGCAGCUGAGGUCAUCCAGAAGCAGUUGAAGUUAUCCCCAGAGCUCUGCGACGUGGCAGAUUUCCGUGCUGAGCAAGCUGCACGUGCAGUGACAGUUAAGGAUUAUACUGAAUACUACUUCAUCAUCAUGAAUGUCCAGAAGUGAUUUGAGUACCAUUUAAGGGUCGUGGGUGUACUUCAUCAUGAAUUUCCUGAAAUCAUUUGAGACGCUUUGGUUCCGAUGAAUUAGAAUGAUCUUGUCUUCCCUGUGAUAUCAAACUUCGAGUGGAUGUGCAUUUAUGACGGGAAGAGUCAAUGGAUAUCACGACGCGACUAGGGAUUUAAAGAAAAGUUAUAUAGUAGCUACAACUGACUUGUCUAAAAUGUACCAGAUCCGAGAUAUGGAAAAGAAGCCUGACAGAGAUCCGAAUCGAAGGGUGCACUUGAGGCAGCUGCAGGAGGAGAAGAGCCGCCUCGUGAAGUCCUCAGCCCUCCUUCGAUCACGCUUAGACUUGAGAGUUACAGCUUACCCUUACCAUUAUCCAUCUUCUGAUGCAUCCUGAAGAGGGUUAUUCUCAAGGGGAAAGAGCCCUCUCCCGAAUGCAUCAUGUUAUAAGAUGGACGAAGGUUGGUGCGACCUGUCUAAGAGAGACUGGGGAUGGGACAGGUUCGAAAACGUGCUGUUGCAACUCGGAGUUGUCGCUUGGAUGUCGUGCAUCUACUGGUAUCUGGCGCCACGGACUGGCAAGAGUUUGAACGAGUUUCAUGGAAGAGUGGAUAGAAUUCUGCGACGGCAAGGGUUAAGGCUCUGACUGUAGUUCAUCUUUUCAGGUUGAUGCAACUUUCAAGAGUAUUCCACGUGAAUACUAGAUACUGUAGAUACUGAAAAGAUGCAGUUGAAAGAUGAACUAUGCAUAGGUCUAAAAGGCUACGACCCGAAGACUGAGAGGAUCAAUUUGAUGAGGUUGUGGCUCACGACCGCCAAUUGGCAUCCGUCUGACCUCGUGAAGAACAACGCGGCGGGACAAGCGGAGAUCAACGAAUUAGAAAAGACCUUUAGUACGAUGGCACUGAGUACGACUGGAAAUGAGGGGAUUGGGUCGUCGAUUCCAGCAGAGCAAAGGUCUGUAGGAGGUUCUUCGUCAAGUAGUGCUCAUUUUGGGACCACAGGGACGGCAGGAUCUUCGCAACCGGGCCUUGGCUCGUCUAGCAAAACCGCCCAAAGUACCUCUACAACAUCAGGCUCGUCUGGUACUGUGCCGGUUUUGAAAUUGGGGGAGUAUUCAUAUGGAGGCUCCUCUGGCUCGUCUGGAGGACCUGGAACUACGAAUCUUAAGGGGAGAAGUAGAUCAUUAUCUUGCCCGUGCGAUGCGCACUGCGUGGAUUCUCCCUGAUAUCAUGGGGACCAUGAGGGAGAGAAAGGGGAUCCAUUCAGAGACGACUAAUGACCUACUUCUAUCUUUAAGAACCGUCAGCACUACCCCUUCGCAGCGCUGACGGAGCUGUGGUGUCAGUCUCCGGCUGAAAGACAGAUGGUUGCGAGAAUAGCUCUGCUUGCUGCGCCUGGUGUAGCGCCAACAUCGGAGGAACUUCAGCAAUUAUGGCUUCGCCUAUAAUGCUCCAUCUUGUUAGACAAAGUCAUCGUCGCUGCUCUUCUACUUAGAAGGUACAGGGAGACUGAAAGGCCUCAAUGCCCCCGUUAGUUAGGACGGAAACCGAGGUAUCAUGACAUGACAUGACAGAGAGAAGUUUUCAGGGGGAAAACGGAUACGCAUGAAGGUGUUCAGGAUGAAUAUUUAUAAGGGUGCACUCUAAGAUACGGCACAGAUCUUCACCGUCUUCCCCAGUCUGGUGGGCCUGCCACAAAUGCACGUGCCGGUCGAAAGUACACCGAGUCAGAUGAUAAUAUCGCAGAGUCGGCAGGUACUGGCGCAGCGAGCUCGGCGGGGGCAGCGCGCGGUGGUGGUGCAACAACGACGACAUCGGCAUCAGAAACGGAGCCAAAAGGAGGGUCCUUGAAGCGGGGUCGAGUUUCGCCAGAUACAGGUCUCUCGAAAAAAGCGGGUGGUGGAGCCACUGCCUCAGACGGAUCGGCGGAGCUGAGAAACCGCAUCAAACUCUUUCUGCACUGGCUGCUGCGCGAUUCCUUACUCACAAACGCCUGUUGCCGUUGUUUUUGCUGCCUUCUCCAGAUAGCAACGGUGCCGGAGAUUCUAGCUGUGUACUUAAGAUUCUCGUCGAUGAGUCAUUCUCAUCUCAUUGAUGAUUUUGGCAACGUUUGUUAUUAGCGUCGUUCCUCCAGAUUAGCGUUCCUCCAGAUCAUUUCUCAGAAGAAGGUUUGAACAUGUGAAAACAGGCUUGGAUCACCUGUGCUAGCUGCUCUAAUCCACAACCACCCAGCGGAGGAUCUGUGGGAUUUUUUCCGGACGUUUUUAUACCUCAAUGCUCUGGAAAAAGUGGGUGUCGGACAUAUCGACCUUCAAACCUUCAGGGAGACGGAUAAAGAGGGUCUAGCACGUAGCUACUGGCGCCAGCAACACAAGGACCCGCUAUUGGUGGCGGUUAUCACAGGCCUCGUCUUGGACUUCAAGGUGCACGAUGCACGCUUCUUGGCACAGAUAUUUCUGCGGCUUUUGCACUUACACAUGCACAGUUUUCUGCGGGACGCGCUACAGCAUGUUCAUAACUCUUAUGUCGAAAGCAUCAAAGCUGCUUUGGUAGGUCAGAUCGGAGACAUAUGACAUGACAUGACUACAGUCUCGCGCUGUGUAAAUAGGAUGGUCAUGAUAUUGACACUUAUCAUGUCUCGAACUAUAAUAUCUUCAUAUCUUCUACUAUCACAGGUGGUUCUCGACGAGAUGGGUUUGUCAUGUGAGAGACAUCAUUAUAGUGCAUACGCGUAAGUAAAAGUCAUGUCAUGACAGUUUAAAGAAAAGUAGUAAGGUCUUAGUCGAGCCAAGUAGCCCGGGGACCGAGAUCGAUGUGUAGGAUCCCCAUUAACCUGACCUACCCUAACCAAACCCAACUAUUUUUUUUCUCUCGUCUGCUCUAAUUUUCAGGAUUUCUUGCCGAGCUUCCGUUUGACCAGGAACUAGCAGCGUCAUUUCAGACGAUCCUGUUGACUCAUCCUCAGGAACAACUCGCGAAUGCCGCCAACCGCUUUUGCAAGACAAUGGAGGAAUCUAUCUUAUGAUUCACAAUUUUACCUAUGUCUUAGUUUAUUGUUUUUGUUACCUAUGUCCCCGUUAUUUUGUGACUGACGAGGGGUCGAGAUGAACGAGACGAAAACUAGAACUUGCACAUCCACAGGGCCCGUCUUGGUACAACGUAAGAUCUUCUAGUAUUUCUAUUUCUUCGUAUUUAGAUAUUCCUCGUGUCUAUCUUACUAUGCAGAUUUCUUUCCUGUCAGUAUCUUCUACGUCUACAACCUGAAAGUUCUAAAGCACAACUCUGCAAGCAGCCGAUCUGGCAGUUCGGGUAGGAAAGAGGAAGGGAGCGAGCUUGAGAGCUGCAUUGAAUGGAUGGAAGCGGUUCCAGGUCUGCUGCGACGUAGUCCCUACGUCACACACUUUUAUGGCUUUCCUUGGUACAUCAUCUAAGGAUAGACAACAUUUUUCAUGGGGAAUAGGAAUAGGUUUGAUUUCUUAUUGUUUUUCUCUAUAUCCAGGGGGGGGUAUUGUUGGGGGAUAGUAACUACCCAUGAUUGAAGACGAUUCUGCCCUGGGUUUCGUAACUAUACUCUCCCUUACGACUGUAUGCUUUGCCUCAGGAGUGAACUCCAGUGUAGAUCUAAGAAUGAAGCGUUCUCGAGACAGCGAAGCGUCUGAUUGAGGUCACAAGGCGGCUAAUGUUGGUGAGAAGCACAGCAAUGAGUGGUGGUUUUAAACCAGCAAAAGCAGGAAGAAGUACGGGCGACUAUACUUAUGGUGGAUUAACAAGUAGACGAUGGCGGAUGAACAAGUAGUCGAGAGUUACUAAGUUACAACGAACAUCUAAAGAUACUGUGAUAAAUGGAAGAGAGUCAGAAUCAAUAAAUUGAAAUUGUAAUAAACAUCUCUACAUUUAUCGAUAAAUUGUUUUAGUGUCAGUCAAUUUUUUUAGUCGUCCAUUCAUUUGAAAAGACCCAACACCCCUCUAUGUUACGUAUACAAGGGAAACUUUUAGUUGUAUUAAACUCUAAUUUCCACAACGCAGAGCGACGUCUUCGGUCACAGGUGGUUCAUCGUACCCGAAACUGACGGAAAUUCUGUUCGAUACAGGUGCAGACGAGAGCAACGUUACGAACCUUGUUGUCUUGUAUUUUGUGAUGUGUAGCUAGUGUGUUGUCCUCAGGGGUGAAGAGGGGGUAAGAUAAUUCUUCAAGUAUGUAGUUGUCGUCGCUCAGAGUUUUGUACUAGAUAGAAUGAAAAAGAUACACUCGUCCUCCAUGGAGCUGCAAACUGGAAGGCGCCGAAAGAACACUCUAAGGAAACGACGAGUGAGCAGGAGGGGAAGCGGGAAGGAGAAGACAGCUCUCAGUUUUUUCGCCGUGUUGCUGUUGUCGCAUUCGAGCUAGCAUUUUGUACCCCAGAUUGCACGAAGUUUUUAAGGACACAAUUUUUUUUUUGGUUUUCUCCACAUACUUCAAGUACAGGGUUAAUAAUGUUGUCACUCUCAUCAUUUUUGUCUUGCUCGCUUAGCUUGCCUCUUCCUUGUUAUUCUUUCUCUAGACUGACAAUCUCAAAAGAUUUUCCUACACGUCUAACUCCCUUAUCGGAGCACGUGACUUCAGCGCAGGGUUCAGCGAUCUUGGUGCCCCUUUGCCUGUCGCUCCCGGCACCUCCAGCUUAUCGGCCUCUACUUUUCAAAGCUGUUCUUGUUAUGGAAGGAAGGGAAACAGGUUUGAGGGUAGACACAGGGCUUCGUGGUUAAGGUAAAGAGCAGAGACGUCCCUGACGACUAGUAAAACGCUUUGUAUUUCUUGGGAUGGCUCGUUGUGCCCCUGCCUCCGACUAGUACAGGCCCCUGAUUCUUUUAAUCCAGUCCUCUGAUUCCUCUAAUCUCAAGCAGAAACUAGCAAAAGACUUGCGUGCCUUGGAACCGAGUCGUGCUGAGAAUGCUGACACACAAUCGCAGGCAUCGGUGUUUACGGAGUUGGUACAUUUCGCGGUGCGUGAGUCGCUAAUCAAGGACCUGUUGGAUGCGGCAAUUGAUUAAGACAGGAAAACGCAAACGCUUAUCUAGAAAUAUGAAGUAGAUAAGUUCUUGCCUGACCUUGCUUUUUUCGGUUUUUGUUUUUUCUAGUUAGGUAUGCUCCACCAGCUUUAUUUUGUUUCCUAGUGAGGGGUGCUCCACCGAUAUUUUAUUUGACGCAAACAAGAUAAGUAGAUUGAUUACUGAGAAUGAAAGCAUGCAGCUAGUCAGACUUGUGGGCAUCCAAAUGAUUUCCACGUUUACAAGGCUACGCGUGACUAACAAGGCUAGCCGUAACAUAGUCGCAACACCGACCAUAGCACAAAACACACGAAACCAAAAAGAUGAAAUCCGGCGAGAUCGUACGCGUUGCCCGGAGCGCAUCAAUACAAACAAAGAAGCAACUAGAUCAUUUGAGAAGAAAUAGCGGCUUUAUAGUCAAGAUUAGACCAGGAGUGAAAACACACGGCUGCCGAAGGCCGAGCAUCAACUUAUGACUACAUCGGCUCCGACCGCUGUGGUUAAUCAUCAAGUUAUGAAUAGUUACAACAGUUUCUCUUGAUUAACGGCUUCUAAUGCAAGCAAGGUUUGCUGGGUGAGGCUGUGAAUUUGGUCUUUCUAUAUGCCAAAGAACACGGGAUAUUUCACAUUUGGAACGACGAGAGCGAAGGAAGAGAGCAAAUGUCGUUGUUAUGGCUUUUUUAUGCGAAUAUAGUAGGACCACGAUAGCGCCGGCGCUUAAGUAGUUAGUUGUAGCAAAUGAGAACUUACUCGAUAGAUAACCUUUUCUUUUUCUAUCCUUCUCUGGUCUUUGUUGUUUCUAGUUAGGUCUGCUCCACCGCAAUAUUGUAGGAUAGGAGUUUUUCGGAAGUCUGGUGUAAAAGAGUCCCGUUGACAGUUCCGGAAUUGGCCUGAUCUGGGGAAAAAUUGACCAUGACCAUAGGAAAUGCCAGCUGCUCUAGGAGGGCUCAUCCAUGUCAUCCUCUUUUAAUAUCCUCUAGGCCACAUUACAACAUUCUCUACCGACAUCGUCGUGAAGGGUAAAAACGAUAGAUUGGCGUACUCAACACAAUAGGAUAAUAUGAUAAAGCUGGAGACUUCUAACAUCAGCAAGCGAAUACCUACGAAACCUGCUAUCCGAGUACGAGAAGGCGGAAGACUCGGCGUCGCGGGAAUUUACCAAACUUUUAUGGAGCAAUGUGUAGUGUGAGUGACCACAAUAGAAGUACAUCCAUGUAUAUAGUAAACCCAUGUUUGUAUAGAAGGCAGUGUUAAUUAUAAUACAUCUUCAGUAUUUUCAUUUGCAGAACACUCACAACGAACAACAGAGUAGAAGUGGGUUUUGUAUGGAAUCAAUCUUCUAGUUGUGGCUACUCAGGUCCUCUGAGUAUCAGAACACAUUUCACGGCUGAAAGGCCUCAAAGCCGUUAGUCAGGACGGUAUGAAUUUUCUACUUUUAGUGAGCUAGAGGUAUGGAAAAAAGUCCGAAUCUUCUACUUGUAGAAGUAUGGGAAAAUGUACGUUCAUUCUUCUGCAGGCUGAAGAGCUAACGGGCUGAGCUAGAUGGCUGUGCAUGACAAGGCUGACGAGAAGGUGGUGUACAAGCUUGACGAAGUUGUGCGCAUGGCUGAGAAGUGGUGCGCGUUGGGGUCAAGCAUUUGGUGUACAAGAUUGAAGUCGUUUGUCUUGUCCGGCCUUAGGGGGGAAUUUGAGUUAGGUUCGAUCAUUCUAGUUGUACAUUAUGAACGGGGGAGGGAAAUAGAUGCAACGAGCGAAAAUGAAUUUGAUACGUGAUCGUGCUCGAAGCGGUAUAAAUGAGAAAAUAUUUUUGCAGCUCGUUUCGUUACCUAUUCUUGUCUUGGAUACCUUCCUUUUCUUGAUCGUGUAUGUCUGAAAAAGGGAAUUUUGCGUUGUACAAAAAUAUUGAUUCCAAAAAUGGCACGAGAUGUGUGUCCAAAGUCUCAGCUUUAUUACACCCUGAAGCCAAGCAGUGAUAUCAACAACAAACCAAAGGAAGAACUUUAUUUUGCUCGAAAGGUGAAGUCGGAUUCGAAGUCUG